GCCGUGGCGAUCAGUAACUGAGCUGCAGUGUGUUUUAACAGCACAUAUAUCGUUAUUAAGUACUAAAAAAUCAUUCGGACUUUUCACCAAUUGCGAAGAAAAUCAGCAGAUCAGACGCGGCAUUGUGCUAGAGAGAAUAAAACAGUGGGGGCAAGAUGAUCAGCACUGUGGAUAUCUUCCUCAAAUGGAGUUCAAAAAGCCGUCAGAAAAAGAAGGCUCCUAGUGGUACUGUACACUCGCGUCCUUCCGAGGCCUCUGACGAUGAAAGCGACCGCCAAAUUCCGGUUGCCGCUGCCCGGCCGUCCAAGCGCCAGUCCACUCGUCGGGAAAGCUCUGACGACUCGGCAAGUCUCCGCGUCGCUCAGUCCAGCAACAAGCAGCUGCAUUCAUCAUUUGAUAGCGAAAGUGAUGAAUUUGCGAAGGCAAAUGCUCGGAAACAAGCCAAGAAUCGGAGCACCAGAAGCAAUAUUGAAAUUAAGCAGCGGAAGAAGAAGUCUAAAAAUGUUCGUUCUUCAACGAGGUCAAACAAAUCUAAAUCUGCAUCAAAAAGUAAGCAAAUUAAAGCGGCGGAGGAUGUUCAGUCAGACGAUGAAAAUCUUGGCCGCAAAGAAGUUAAACUGAGUAAGCGAUUUAAAAGCGUUGACAUGUUAAACGCUGCUCACGAUGCCGACAUAAACUACAGAACUGAUUCAGUUUCAUCAGUGAGAGAACGCGAAGAAGAACGAAAGCAAAAGGCACGAUCAAUUUUUCUGGAACUAAAGGUAAAACAAGAGCUAGAACGAAAAGAAAAGCUUGCAGCUGAUAGAAGGAGGAAAGAAGAAGAGCGAUAUCGACUCGAGUAUGGCGGUAGCAUGACGCCUAACUCUGAUAGUAGAGCCAACACAUUGGAUUAUGCUAGACAGCGCACUGCAACCAACGCAAGUUCCGACGAUCUAGACAGAUUUGGGGUUCCAGAGAAACAAGCAUUUAAAUCAAAUGAUUGGUCAGGAGCGUCUCAAGACGGUGAACAGCUUGCUCCAUCAAUGAAACAACUGGUGUUAUCGGAUAACGGUCAAGGGGCUCGCAGCAAGCACUACACUACCACUCAAGCUGUCAUUGAACAUUCAGUACGCCAGUCUCAGCGCACGAACGCUGGACCAUCAGCGCCACCGAAACCGAAGAAGAAAGGUUACGAACCGCCCGAGAGCCACAUCGUCAGUAGCCAUCCUCCUCCAAAUGAUGGGAACUUCCGGCGAGUGCCUUAUUCUCAAAUCAAAAACCCUACAGUUGACGCAAAUAGUGUUGUCAGGAGCAGCUGCCGCCCUGUGCACCAGCCACACCCGGUUAUGGAAGUCGACCGGGCGGCCACUUUGAGUCAUUCCAGGCGACACGAUCAUCAUGCGACUCAAAAUCCAGUGCCGUACGACCAAUGGAGUGAAGAUGGUUACUCAACGGGAGGUCGACAUCCGUCGCAGGCAAAUGCGUCUCGCCAUCAUCCCAACAUGGAAUACUAUCAAGAAGGACAGAACUAUUACCCCCAAGAAUACGAGAAGAACGCGUAUUCCUAUCAAGAGAACGUAAACGUACCACUACCUGAACCUGAACAUGGCAGCUAUGAUCCUAGACUCCAUAGAGCAGACUUGGUGUAAUCCCAUUUCGUUUACAUUUACAAUUUCCGUUAUGAUGAUGUUUCAGAGAAAAAAAAUAUGUUUAAUCCAGAACAGCUUUUUUAAAUGUAAAAGAACUAUUGAAAGUAUGAGCUUGCACAAUGAUGCUUUAAUUUAUUUAUAUCUAAGUUCUCGUUCGAGUUUCGUAUAACGAGAAUGUUUCCUUUCAGUAAUAUCGAUCAAACGAGUCGUCGGCAAUGAAGCGAUGGCAAAAAAAUGUUUUCCUCCUCAUUUUUUAAUCUCAUUCCAACAUUAAUAAACUAGUU